AUGCCUACGGAACCUUCCGAAUCCGCCCACGAUGAGCCGCCCUCUCCAGAUGAGCCGCCCUCCCCAGAUGAGCCGCCCUCUCCAGAUUGGCCGUCCUCCCCAGAUUGGCCGUCCUCCCCAGAUGAGACGGGCUCCCAUGGUGCCUCUGUUUCGUCACUCAAUUUUGCGGCUAAAAAUACUGCAGCAAAAUCGGCAUAUUCUAGAUACUGGCGAUAUGACAAAAUGUCUGCAUACCGCAAAGAAUCUAGGAACGAGUCUCCCUCGAUGAGUUUAGCUGAUUUUCGCCAAAACCUUCCACGACCCUUCCACAACUUUCAGCGAAACGAACAUGCAGCGAUCUAUCUCCCGGAGCCUGCGAGACAUGAAUAUAUUAAUCGGUCGGCCAGACCCAUCGCAGAAUCUGUCAUUUGCUAUGAGCCCACGGUUGACAUUGUCGAGCAAAUCUGUGAUGCCCUCCCGCGUCUUCUCGAGCAAUGCGCCUUGAGUAUUGGUGGACAGCAUUACAGCGUGAUGAUGUUUCUCGUCAAAUGGAAAGGGUAG